AUGGACCCUAGACCUUUACCGCCUGGGUUUAUUUCUCAAUAUGAUCAAAACACACAACGUUAUUAUUAUGUUGAUACAAGUACUGGAGUAUCACAAUGGAAUCACCCUCUUGACGCGAAACCAUAUUCCCCACCACCAGUGGGGCAAACUUCAAGUCAAUAUCCUAUGCAACUUCCAACCCCUAGUGCAAAUCCUAAUCCGCAAGGACAUUAUCCACUUGGAUUUACUGAUCCAAAUUCCUCUGUUACAUACGGGGGAGGCAGUCAAAUUCCACAAUCAAAAGAAUAUGCUACAAUUCCUUACGUAAUGCAACAACAAUCUUCUAGUCCAUAUCCACAACCUACACCAUCCAAUUAUCCGUCAUCUUAUCUACAAUCUGGGCCUUAUGGGAGUGGAGGCAAACCUACCGAAACUUACCCUUAUUCAAGCCAGUCAGAUUAUCGAGUUGGUCAUAAUCCUCAUGGCGAAGCUCAAUCUUAUGUAAGCGCUCCAUCUCAUACACAAGGACCUCCUGGUAGUAAAGUUUCUAAAAAAAAAGAGGAUAAAGGAAUGGGAGGAAUGGGAGGAGCUGGAGAUAUAGGUAAAUUAUUAUUAGGUACAGGAAUGGGAGCCGCUGGAGGUUUAUUAGUCGGAAAUAUGGCUAAAAAGAAAUUCAAAAAGCAUAAACAUAAAGGAUGGAAAGGCAAGUGGAAAGGUUGGAAAGGCAAAGGUUGGAAAGGUAAAGGUUGGAAAGGCAAAGGUUGGAAAGGUUGGAAAUAG